AUGUCAGUACUUCCUCGAGGAGGAGACCUGAGCAUCGUCCAGGGCACCGGGCCCUUCUACCUCGGCGUCCUGUUCAACGUCUUCCUAGCCGGCGUCAACUGGAUGCAGCUGCUCGAGUACUUCUCACGACCCGCGCAGGACCGAGCGCUCGUGCGAGCCGCAGUCAUCGCCGUCUUCGUCAUCGGCGGUAUCCACACGGCGCUGUCGAUCCAUCCCGUCUGGUUCUACGCCAUCGACGGCUACGGCGACCUCGAACGCACGGAGCAGUGUCCGUGGUCGGUCGCUGUCUACCCUGUCUUCACGGCGCUCGUCGCGACGAUCGUCCAGUCGCACUACGCCUGGCGGAUUUUCCUCGUCGGCAAGCGCAGCCCGUGGGUGCCCUCCUUCGUCGUCUUCCUGACGCUCGCGCAACUCGUCCUCGGCACGUACGUGACCGCCAUCGAGCUCGAGCUCGGCUACUGGGACGAGAUCCACGCCGCGCUCGACCCUUUCGUCGCCACCUGGCUCUUCACGAUGGCCAUUUCCGACGUCGUCAUUACUGCAGCACUGUCGUUCCUUUUGAGCCGGGUCAAGAGCGAGUUCGGCUCGACCAAAACGCUCCUCAACCGCAUCGUCCGCAACAUCGUCGCCAAUAACGGUCUCACGGCCGCCGCCGCCGUCACGAGCGGCGUCCUUUUCGUCGCCCUCGUCGAGGCCUGCUGGCACAUGACGCCCGGCCUCGCUCUCGCACGGUUCUACACUCUCUCGCUCAUGUCCUCGCUCAACUCGCGCCAGACCGUCCGCGACAGCCUCUUGCCUCGCCCUCGAGCGACGCCCGAGCCGGCCGGCGGCGGCCCCAAGGCGUUCUGGCUCGGCGCCCGCUCCCCGAGAACGCCACCCGGCGGCGGCGGCGGCGGCGGCGGCUCGCCCGCAGCGACGACGAGCCCGACCCAGCUCUUUGUGCGCCCGGUCCUGAGCAAGGUCGGGUCGUCGUUGAGCGGGGCCAGCAGCCUUAGCGAGAAGGAGAAGGGGCGACCGCCGCCUGGACCACACGAGCGAGGACUGCGAGUGCCCGACUCGCUUCCUAUCACGAUCCAGCUCGAGAGCAUCGCCGACGACCUGCGCGCCAACGUGCCGUCCCUCAUCCCCGGCGACACGUGGGAUCCACAGCGGUUCUACACCAACCCGCUGCCGUCGCCCUCUGCAUCCCUGCACGACGAGUCGGACAGAACGGCGCUCGACAUGGCGUUCCUGCACGCGAUCGAGGUGUCGACCGACGACAAGACGAGCUCGUGAGCGGGACGCAGAAGGAGCCUGUAGCACUGGCUGUACCCUGUACAUUUCC